ACCCUGGCGGCCGCGGAGCGCGCGGCGCUGGGCGCGCUGCUCGGAGCGCUGCUGGACGAGGGCAGCGUGCUCGAGGCCGCCCGCGUGUGCCGCUACUUCCAGCUGCGGCACAGGGACGUGGCGCUGGUGCUGCUCUGCAGAGCCCUGGCCCUGGGCGAGGCCGGGCUGCAGCAGCCCGAGGUGCGGGCCCUGCUGACCGAGGCCGGCGCAGCCCCCGGCGCAGCCAGCCUGGAGGACUGGACCCCUCUGGGGAGUGGGGACGAUGCCGUGGUGGCAGCACUGAAGGCCCUGGCAGAGGGAUGUGUCCAUGGCAGGGGCUACUGCAGGCAGGUGCUGUGCCUCUACGAGCUCUCCAAGGUAAGCCCAGGGCCUUGGGCCAGCCCUGCUGGGGCUGGGGAGGGUCUCAGCAGGUGCCCUCAGGGAGCUGCAGAGGGUGGGAUUCCAGCCCUUUGUGUGGGAAAGCCAGACGGGAGGUGCUGAGAUGAGCUUGUGCAAUUGCAGCUGUGCAAUUGCAGCUCCAGGUG